AUGGACGUUGCUGUAAUAGCUUUCAUCGAUUGCUUGAAUUCGACGUAUGAUUAUUGCUGCGGACAUCAAAGUAUGUCAAAACCUAGGGAUCAAAGCUCUUUUGCCAAUUGGGGAGAUAGAUCUACGGGUGAUUUUGGUUUAACAUGCGAUGCCGAUGCCGAUACAGCAGCCCAAUUAUUAUAUGAUAUGUUCAAUGUUAAAUGCAACAACCCCUUUGUUGUCAAACCAUUUGGCGAUACCAUGAUCGAUGGGUUCGAUUUAGGCGUGGGAAGUCAAAAUUAA